AUGAUGAUGGCAACAACUGCUCAUGGCCCUGUUUCAAGCUAUAUGGUUCACACUAAUAUACUGAGUUCUUGCCAUGAGCUCAGCAGGACUUUGCUUGUGAACAGUAACCCGAGCAGUUGGCCAACUGGAGCCUGCUGGAGCCCAGAUAUGCACGUGAGAGAGGAUACCAGAGCAGGCACUGCCCUGCAUUGGCGACCACAACCCCCUGGAAGGAAGCUCUUUAACAGGCAUUCAGCACUUCUGAAUUUGCUACAGUAUCAAAUGGAUUUAAAGGACAAAGAUAGUCCUUUGAAAAUGAAGCGAUGGUGGAAGGAAGGUUCAGUUGCCAAAACCUGUGAAAGGAGCAACUGGGAGGAGAGGUGGGAGGGAAGGCGCCGGGACCAGGUGGUGAUGGAGGGAUCCUUCUGUGCUGCUGGCCACCAGGAAGGACUGCCCCCCAGCUUUCCUAAGGAAGUACACAUGGAGAACAGACAGGAGUUUUGCAAGACAUUUCCAGAGGGUUCCCGGAGUACCGUCUCCUUCUUCCAGCACAGCCUGAACCUCUCUGAGCUGCUGAUGCAGAAAGACCAUGAAUUUUACAGGAGCGAACUGCAUGCACAUUAUCAAGUCUUUCAUACAACACCCACUCAAAUGUGAAAAACGCCCUCCAGAACAGCCAUGCCAUUUCAGGGCGGUCCUGAAGAUACCUGACAAAAUCCACUCGGAUUUGGGAAGAUCCUAAGAAUGCCUGGGCCCCAUCACUUGCCUCAUUUCAGGAUAAAAGGGCAUAGGACUCCUGUUCUCCAGCUAGGUAUGAGAAUAUGAGGACUCCUUACCUUUGGCCACUGGGCGUCACGGAGGCUACCCAGGCAGGCCUCUAUCUCUGUCCGUCCCAUGAGACCUUUCUCUACCAGCUCCCGGAGCAAGAAGAGCAGCAGGUCCCACUGCAACACACACGGAGGUGGUCAGGGUGGCUAGGACCGUACAGCGACCCUGGCUGAUCCAAAGGACAGCAAACUGCCGCAGAGGCUGCCUGGAGCCCCGCUAGCGUGUCAAAAGAAACUGAGCAUGGCUGCCAGAAAGGGGGAGUAAAGGAACCCCGCCCAUGGCGGUGGGAUAAGCACAGGACUGCGGAGGCUAAGGAGCCUGACUGCCCCCGGCUCACCUCUCUUGGCCGAGUGUCCGCCAGAAGCCCCACGUUCCUUGGGCUCAGCAGCAGCUGCAGCGGAACCGGCACCCGAAAGUCGUCCUUCCACAAGGAGAGCAGCACGUGCAGGAGCCUUCGAGCCUGCCCCCUCUCUAGCCUGCGUGGGGCCGGGGGCCCAAGGACAGGGAUGUGGUCUGCCACUAUGGGAAGAGAAGAAAGCCCAGCUUUAAGAGACAGAGGUAGGGUCCCCUAGCUGGCCCCUGGGAGGAAAAAGGGAACAAAGCUCUGUGUAUCAAAUCUUGCUUGUACCCGGCCCUGCGAUCUGGGGGAUCUGGCAAGAGCGUGAUGUCAUGAAAAGGAGCCAUACCAAGGAGGGAUGCUAAGUCCACAGAGCAUUUCGCCAGAUGCUGCUCCGCAGGUGGGCACAGGAACUGUGGGGAAGAGACAGGGGGACCCUGGGCAUCAGUACCGUCCUUAGAGCAGUGGCCCCGAGCCGCUGCAGCUCCAGUUCGUGGGCACCGGAAAAGGACCCCCAGCGGAGCAUCCCACUGCGGCUCACCUGGCGGCACUGCAGUGUCUGGCCCAGCUGGCCCAGGAGCUGCUCCAGAUGGUCCGGAGAGACUCCCUCCUCGGGGUCCCGGGGGCCCACAGCCAAAGACAGCACAUCCUGGAGGCAGUAGGGGUGGAAGCAGAGUGAGACUGCAUACCUGGCUGGCACCUAGGAGGCCACAGAGAACGUGGCCUGGGGCAGGGAUCAGCCAGUGGAAAGAGGCAGAAGGAAAAGGAAGACAGGGCCCCUGGAUGAAGUGGCGGGUUCAAGGUGCCUUAGACCUGGGGCUCGGGCAGACCGCACAGCUGGGAGAAGCAACCAUGUGGACGCCAGCUGAGGAACAACAUGCUGCCUGAGAGCUCAAGAUGUCCCUCGUCCUGGGACAAAGGCGAUCCUAGCCAAUUCCCAGACAGCGCCUUACUCUGAAAACACUUAGGGGAGCCGUCCUGCUCCAUACACGGUAGAUUUUCUCUCGCGCGCGCUUCUCUGUUCAUCUUCUUGGGAGAGUCCGGCUUCAGCAGGGAAAACCAGUAGCUACUGGCCACUUAGCCUUCUCUUCUCCCUCGUGGAUACUCUCCCUCUUCAGUCAUUCCUCCUUAGCCCUAGUCCUAAUCUUUAGCCCCACCCAGCAGCAAAGAGUUGAGGCUCUGCAGGCCAUGACGUCUCUGCCCCAACUACUCCACUCCGCUGCUGCAGCACAGGAAGGCCCUAGACGGUUCAGAAGUGAACAAGUGUGGCGUGUGGCUCUACACUAACCAGCGGCAGGCUGCACUGGGCCCCUGGGCUGUUUGCUGACCCCUACUCUAGACAGGCUCUCAAUUUUUCAGAUCAAGAGCAAUGGUAGUUUAUUCUUACCGUCUGUAACUAAAUAAGCAUCACCUCCCAGAGGAGAACGUUUCUGAAAUCCGAUCCCAAAAGCAGGUGACUGCUUAGAGACUUUCCUACCUGUUAACACCAGACAGCCCCUCGUGACCAGGCUCCCGUCGCCAAUAUGCAGCCCCUCCCAAACUUGCCCAUCUGCCCUCUUCCCCUUUUGGGUGACUCAGGUACCAGAAGUCCGAGAAGAGCAAUGAGGAAAACCAUUCAGUUCAGCUCUGCCCCACCGAACCCCAUUCAGUCAUGACGGACACCGGACUAGCUGCACAACACAGAAAGCGGCUACAUGAAACACUGCGGCGGACGCAAGGAAGGAGGGAGACCAGGAAAAGAGCAGGGAGAGGGCAGAGGGGAGGGGCGCAGGGAGGAGGGGAGCUGUGUACUUUGAUCUCGGAGAUGAGGUGGGAGGGGAGGGGAGCAUGGUGCUCACAGGCUCGGGAGCAGCCCCUCCGCUCCCCCCGGGCAGCUGCUUCGGGACCCUGGGCUCGAAGUGUGCGACUCACUGCCGCCUUCACCUCUCUCCUGAUCAGCGCUGCAGGUCAAAGGGAGAACAGAAAAGGGGUCACACCACAUCAACCCAUGCCCUGCACCCUUUCCAGCUGCCUGGUGUUCCAUCUACCCCAAGGGCCUCGCACUUUCUGCCAGUCCACCUUGGAACAACCCGGCCAGCCCUCCCCGGGGCCCGAACCUUACCUGUGAUGUUGGCUGACAACCAAGCACAGGCUUUCUCUGUUGCAAGCCCCACAGCAAUGUUCUCUGCGCUGCUUAGAACCUGUGACCCAGAAGAACUGCAGUGUCAGGGGCCCGGGGAGGCUUGGGGAUGACAUGAACAUGUGAGGCGCACCCAAUGCCGGGACCAAGCCAUGGGCCUGCCUGUCACCAGCAGCCUCACGCACACCCUCGCGCACGUACGGCCCACGGCGCACCUCUCUCACACCAGACACUAGUCUGCAGGCUCUUGGCCUCCUCCCUACUUACAGCUGCCGGGGUCUCCUCGGGAAGCAGCGCCCGUACGGCCCCAGGGCUCUUCUUCUGACAGAACCUGAAAGGAGACAGAGGCUGUCAGUGAUGGCUAGAGAUUUCAGCCUGGCUCACAGAAGGAAAGGCCAAGCGUACCCAUCACCUGAGCUAGGAGGGCUCUGCCCUGGGGAGGUGUUGGGGGGGUGGGGGGGAGGAAGAGAAGCACUGUCAGCCCUGGGCCCACCCCUGAUCCCCGAUGCUGGGAGGAAUGGGACCCCCAACCCCCCACUCUUCCAAUUCAACUUCGGACUUUGGGACCGAAAGCCCAAGAUAUGAGCCUACAGAGGAAGCAAAAGAACAAGAGGGGUUUGGCGAGCACAUGGAAUAAAGGAGAGGAGUGUGAAAAAAUCAGAAAAAGAAAAGCUGAGAGUGGGGACGAGGGUCUCUUACUCCCGCCCCCGGGUCAAUGCCUGGGCCCCAUGGGGGCACAGCUGGGAACACAAGAUCUCCAACAGCUGGGCUGGAUCUCCCCCGUCCUGUCCCUGUGUCACCAGUUGCUCUUGAAGAAGCGACUCUGCCUGGCGCACCAGAUCUGCCACCAGUGUGGCCCUGUAGCAGGGACAGAAAGGCUUGGAGGUAACUGAGGGGGCUGAAUCCGAAAGGGGCUACAAAUCUGGUCAGAACUAACUUCAAAGAACUUUAGCAGUUUGAGCCUCCCCACCACAUCCUUCCCCUCAAGCUAACUUGCCUCAGCCUGGCAACACCACGUUAGGAGAUUUCAAGGGGGAAAAUAUAAGGGAACGGGGCCUGGCACCCUCCACAUCUGCCUUCCCGACCCUCUGAACCCACGCUCACUUGAUGUGUUUGACGCAGUUAGAGCCAAUUCUCUCCGCCACAAACUCCACAGUCCUGCGCAGGGAAGGCGGCUGGUUGUGGAAAAAGGCUUGGGCCAGCUGUGCCUGUCGGGGCGGGGGAGGCGGGCAACAGUGUGUGAAGAGUUCCCUUUCUCUUCCCUGCCGGGCGCCCCCUGCCUCCACCGGCCCCUUACCUGCAGCCCCUGGGCAGUCCGGGGAGGCUGGGCUCCAAGGCCAGUGGUGGUGGUGGUGGGAGUGAUCUUCCUCACAAAGCCCCCACUCCGCCCACUGCUGCCCGACACCCAUGACGCCAGCAGCUUCCGGAGCUCUCCUGCAGCAGGGAAGCCCAACUACUUAGCUCCAGAGCCACCCCUACCCUCCCAGGCCUCUUGGACUUUAAGUAUUUGUGGAGUAAAGAUGCUGAAGCACCCGGGGAACGCCUAAGAAGAGAAGAGCGUAUUAGGGUGUCGGGCCUACGGGAUGCCUGCUGGGUACUCAUCAAGGGGCAGACCGAGGACCCUGGGCGGCGGAGGACCAGUGUCCUCACCAAUAUAGGGGCAGCAGGUGUAGAGCAGGUGCUGGUCCACCACAGGCAUGCCAUCCUGCGGGAGAGAAGAGAGCAGAGCUAAGUAGGCAGGUUUCUCUUCCUUCCCACUGUGCCAGAAAUGGGACAGGGAAGACAGUCUAACUCCCAGCCUGCCUGCCUCCUUUGUUCCUGCCACCCCCAUGGCUCUGGCCGGACCCCAACACUUACCAGCCCACGCUCUGAAGCUACUGUAUCCACCUCCAAGGCAUCCCACUGACCCUCUUCCAGAAAGAACAGGUCCUCAGGGACCGUGGGAAUCUGACAAAAGACCAGGGCAGCGUGAGCGCCAGUCAGCACUACAGACAUGCAACGCACAGACCCUGUGGUUCCAGGAGCAAAGCAACACCAUGGGGAUUCCCACGCCCGCUCUAAACCUCCAUCUUCUGGCCCUGACCUCGUUCAGACUCAGACCUCCCCCCACUCCCCACCUCCACCACAGUGGCUGCCUCUCCUCCCCAGUCUGGAUCUUCCCUCCCUCUACCAACCUGGAAAAGCCAGCCCAAGACAGCAAGCAGCAGCAACUUGUUCAGGAAACACAUCUCCCCUUCGCUUUCCUUUGACAAGACCAAGCUCCUGACAGGUACAUUUGUGCCAAGAAAGAAAUGGAAUGGAGUGAAAGAAAGCUAUCACUGGGAAAGUAAUUCUCAAAAGCAGACCAAAAGGGGACGGCUGUCGUGCAGGCGAGCAGGAUCUCCUCACCGCCCUUUCCCAGAUCUGUACUCCCUCUCAGCUGGGCCACAGGAGGAAUAAAAAAGGGCCAAAGUGCAAGGACCCCAUCCUGCGUCCCCGCUGGGGGUCAGCCUCGGCCCAGGAGGCACGGGCCCCCAGCCCUCCUCACUGACAGCAGCCUCAGCAGCCCUCCCGCUCCCCGGCUCCAGCCCCGCCCUUGCCGCACUCACCGGUGUAGGUGCAGCAGGACGGUGAAGAUGCUGCGGUAAUAGUCCAGCAGGGGCACGAUGUGGUCGGCGAGGGAAAGGAACUCCACCAGCCAGGGCACGGUGAGCACGGCUCGGCGGGCCCGCAGCCCCUGCUGCAGCAGAGCCCGCACGUCCAGGGCGGGGGGCACCUGGCGGGGCAGGGCUUGGUCAGGGGGCAAGGCCGGGGGCCGGACAUACCCUCCAACUCCAGGGCUCUGGGGCCCCUCCCAGCCCUCCUUACCAGAGCCCCCAUUCACCUGGCUCCUCAGGGCCAGAAUGGAGUCCUGGAGCUCACGGGUGGGGGGUGGCUCGGGCCCCCGGUAUGGCAGGAAAGCCACAAAGCCCAGGAAUUUAGCCAGAAGCCUCAGGCUGAGCAGCACCAUGGCAAACUGCCUCCGUUCACCCUGCAAGGGAUCAGGGAAGGAAAAGGUCCUAAGCAUAGGGCUUCUAGAAUAAUUCUGAAUCUGUUACAAAGUUCUUGAAAACAGCCCCUCCCUCCUAGGUCAGAACCCUGUACUCUGCCUCAUUCCGCUUUCUAACCUGCCAGUCCACGUCCGACUCCCCGUCUUCGUCGCUAGGCUCAGGCUGGGGCAGGGCAAGGCUGUUGAGCUCCCGGAUCUUCAAACUCAGACUGUCCAUGAGAUGCUGAUUAAACUGGAAGCUAGGAAGGAGACAAAAAAAAAAAAAAAAAAAAAGACACUGGCAGAGGUGUAGAAAGACCCAGAAUAGAGAAGAGGUGCUGCAGACAGAAAGGCACAGUGGGGUAGAGAGGGAGGCAAAGGAGCAGUGAGGUUACCUACGUGGGUAAAAGAACGAGAAGGGAAACGGAGGCAGAAGUGUGAGCUGGAAGGAGCCUGGCCAUGGCCCAAUCCCACCCUGUUAUAUUCCAGGACAGGAGAAACAACUGUUGUCCUUCUGGAAAGACAAACCUCUCCUGGCCCCAGCCCCACUCCCUGCAAGACACAGGGGACCUUUACCUGCUGGCGCUCAGGAUGAAGUCCCUGAAGAAGCCCUGACAGCCUGGGAAGGUGGGGGGUGGGCAGGGGCCCCCGCUGCUCUGAGGGGCCACGAGCCUUUCUUGUAGGCGCCGCAGCCGCCCCAGCUUGUCAGCUCCAAGCAUACUUAACACAUCCGGAGCCUCCCCCAAGACAGUGCCCCCAGCGCCACCAGGACUCUGACACAUCUGGGGCAGCGGAAAGAGGAGACAAACAGAAAACCCGUAAGUUUGUUCAGAAAGAAGGACUGAACAAAAUAGGGUGGAAGUAAUGAACAUUUAGGGAAUGCCGACCCCGUCAUCAGGUGCCACAGAUCUGUUUUUCAAGGUAGGGAUGAUACUGUUUUAUAGGUGAAGAAGCUAAAACUGCAAGGUGAAACACGUGCCUAGGUUCCCCAGAGCUAGGAUGUGAAAUCAGGCCUGAGUCGUACGCCAGUACUCUCUCUACCACGGCACAAAUCGAAGGCAAGGAAGUAGUGAGAGGCUGAAGGAAGGCAGGGCGUGCAGGGCAUGUGACAGAAGGCUCUGGCUCCUCUCUGGCUGCCUGCAUUUUGGCCACCCCCCACAAAGAGCAGAACUCCAAACUCCAGCCCAGGACCUGCCUGGCUGUCCGCCCCAUCCCAAAGUGCCAGCCAUUACUUGGCUGCCUUUAAUAUCUACUGUCCACUGUAAUCUCCUGCUGGGGCUAUUACCUGGAGAAGUUGUUUCUGGAAAAGCCGAACAAAAUGGCUGUGGCUGCAGGCUGCAGAGAGUUGACCCAUCAUGGCUCUGAGGCGUAAGAGGCAGGAAGAGAAUGUGAGGGAAGGGGGAAGGGGGCAGAAAUCUGAGAGAACGAGCCAAUCCCUGGGCCUUUCAGUCCUUUACCAGGGGCCCGAGCAGACCUCGGCCAGAGCUGGCCAGCACAAGGAUACAGAAACAGGUAAGGGACACCUUCCUCAGCACCAAGAUCCCUCAAAGCUAGAGAUACACUUAAUGCGACAAGAAAUAAUACCACCCCUCUCAUCUUCAGUACACUGGGCUCCAGUGAGUUUCAUGACCCAAGUGGAAGGUAGAUCCCUGGACGGAGGAUAUUCUCUCUGUGCCUCAUCUAGCUAUGCAAAGUUCUCAGAACUGCUGAACUAGGUGAUGGAGAAAAUGGAGGUUGGAAAGGGUCUAACCAGUGACUUGGACUAAGUAAUCUGGCACUCAAGCAAUCUGGAGAAAGGGCUUUGCACUUAUCUAAGCAUUCGCCAUCACGGAACAAGUCUGGGUCACGUCUGAGUGCAAGGAGCUGGCCCAACAAAUCCCUUCUGAGUGGGGGCAAAACUGCCAGUAACUAGAGAUUAAGGUGCACAGAAGGUAACGUCCGUGGGCUAGGAGUGGGGGAAGAGGCCUCCUCCAAUCAGCUACCCGAGCACCCCUAAGCUGCUCACUGCCAGAAGCAAGAGAGACAAGGUGACCAGUGUGGGAGCACCUACCUGAUCCUGCUGCCCAAGCCCUUCUCAAAAUCCCAGCCAGGCUCCUCAUGCCGAUCUUCCCACUCUCGAAGCACCUCAAAAAACACGUCCCUGACAGACGUAAGAACGCCUGAUCAACGGGGGCGCAGCUGACCUCACCGACUCCCAGCAGUGCCUUCUCUAGCUCAGAGGGACGGAGGACAGGACUAUCCGCAGCCCCAUUCCUGAUCCCCCCCCAGAGUUCUCUAGGUGAUGACAACGCUGCAGACUCAGCAGCAGAACGCCACACGCCUCACAGACCCCGGGGCACAGCAAAAUCUGGUUCUGUCUUGUUGAAGAACCCUGUGACUAAAGUCAUACACCUGUGAGAAGGCUGCCUAAGGGCGGAGGUUCCAGUCCACGGCAGGAAACAGGAUGAAGGUACGUGCCCAUUCUGAUGGUUGGAAGGAAGGGCCCGGUGGUGCUAAACUACCACCUGUUAGUGCCAAACUCCUAGCUUGUAUGAAAACAACACAGGCUGCCUAUCCCAGAGAAAAUGCCACCUCGUUCCCUCCCAAAAGUUCCCUUUUCUUAUCACCUCUGUUUUUUAAAAGUAUGAAAGGCUCGGUCACUGGAGAAGUUGGCACGAUUGUCUGUUUCUGGCUGAAAGGAGACAGCUUGAGCAGAGGGUGGCAUCGCCAGAGAGACCUAAAAUAUGGCAGUGACGUUAGGGACUGAAACCCUCCCAGGUCAUGCUCAGAAAACGUCACCCCCGCAUUCCGGCCCGGGGUCAGCCCACAUGACACCAGAGUGGCGUGCGCCGGGCUGCCUGAAGCACGAGGCUGGGAACGGUCAGGUCCGGGCUAGCUGGGCUCCCUACCUUGGCAACACUGCCCUCAUAGGCCGCUCGGAGGCGGCCUUGCAGAGCCGGUGAGAAGCACAGCAGCCGCUCGUUCUCGGCCAACAGCUUCAAGGUCCCUUUGUCCAGGUAGGAAAGAACCCUACAGGGACAAGAGCGCGUAUGACUGAGAAUGGGAUGCGCUGCACAUAGGAGCCGGCACCUGCACACCCCAGAGAACGUCAUCUGGAACGUGGAGCAGGAUGUAAGGCAAAGUCAUGGGCCGAGCGUUUAAGAUGCUGGAGGCAAGGGGGCAGGAAAGAGACCUCUGGAGCAGGGAAACAGACACAAACCCGAAGGCAGAUGCCAAGGCCACAGGGGGCAAUUUGAUUCUUUCAGGGGUUACAUUCAUAGCCUUGACACAAAAUGACAGGCUACGUGUAGGAAAAGGCCCAGGGUCACUGCACCCGUGUGAAGCACAGCACUUACCCCAAGUGGCCAGAGAAGCAAAUGGACAAUGGCAAUGAGGCUUAAAUGCCUCGCUGGGGAAACUCACUGAAACUGAUGCUCCAGAACCUGCACUGCAAAGAAGACACAGUCAUGGACACUCUGGAACAGUGGGCUUUCCAGGGAAUCUAGAAGGAUAGUACCAAGCUGUCAGUUAAGAACUGUUUCAUCUCCAGCCCUCAUUUCCCAAAAAGAGGCUUGCCCGCUGACCUGGUGCUCCUGGAGUUAGUUCAAGGUCACUGUCCUUGGUGGCCACCAUCCUCCGAGCAGUAAGGAGCUGAAGGACGAAGAAAAGCUCCAAGAAGAGGUUUGGUACCAGGUUCUCUGGAUAGAAAAAGAAACCUCAGGGUGUCAGGCACCAUUUGGAAUCCUAGCCCGCAGUUCCGCAAGCAUCUCCACUCCAGCACCCUUUGCUCUCACCCACCGGCAAUGCAUGAAGAGUAGACGAGGGCUAUCAGCUCCAGGCGCUGGCGGGAAGACACUCUGGCAGGGUCAGCGGGUUCAGCUGUGAGGCUUCCUGUCCGGCUGGGGAGGGGAGACCCCGAUUCUGAGGUGGGACAGGUGGCAGUAGGUGACUGCUGCAGCUGCUUAGAGCUAUGGGGACAGAGAGAUGUCAAGAGCAGUUCCCCUAGCUUCCCCCCAACAGCCACACUCUGGUUCCUCCAGAGCAGACGUCCACAGCCCAGGAAACAGGCCCAGGGCUCCCUGAGCGGGCAAACCAAUCUCAGGGAAAAGCCCUUCAGAUCCCCCAGUGGGAGGAAGCUGACAACCCAGGGAGUGGCAAGGUCAUACCGCUCCUUCCUGAGCAUCUCCCGCUCCUCUUGCAGACUUCUGCACCCUGGGGGAAGGCCAUGGCCCCAAGGGCUAGUGUCCGGGACUGAGGGUUGGGAACUGGGGACACAGUUGAUUGGGGGUGAGGUGAAGCAGGUCUUGGGCUUGGAGAGUGACCGCUCUUCGCUCACCGGAGUUGGGUUGAUCCGGCGUGAAGGCUUCGUCCUGCUAAGUAGCCACAGGUUUUUCUCAAAUUCCCAUCUUCAAACAUGUCCCCCUCACCACCUCAAGGGCGGGGGCCCCUUGCGAAACGCCCUUCUCACUACUGUGGUUAUCUCACCCCCAACCUUCGGGCCAUUCCCACGCUCGGCUGCGGAGCGCCCGGCCCUAAUUUCCUGACUCCCCUCGCACAGCCUUCGUGCCCACCCCGCUCGUGGGGGAGGGCGGAUUCUCACCCUGCAGGGCCCGGGGGAACCGAGCCGACGGGAGGGAACUCCUCCAGGUUGCUGAGGUUUGGCGGAUCAGAGCGCGCGCGGCUGGGGCUGCCGGGGCUGCCAGAGCCUUUGGGCCUCCGGCCCCCGGCCCAAGGCUGACCCUCUCCGCCGACCCCCUCCUCCAGGCCCCCGGGGCCGCGGCCUCCCCGCUCGCGACCCGGGCCCGGGCCCCGCCUCCUGCCCCCGCGGCGGGCCGAAGGGGCGUCGGCGGCGGCGGCGCUCGAAGGCUCAGUCGGGGGGAAGAGCUGGCUGCGCGCCCCGCGGCCGCCCCGCGGCGGGCCCCCCGGCCUCCCUGGCAGAGCUGCCGAGGAGCCCGGGGCCUUGGCGGGGGUUGGGGGGCCCUGCGGGAGGACGCGGCUGCUCUGCUCCCUCAGGAAGUUCAGCAGGAACGGCACGAAUUCCUUCCGCAGUGGCCGGAGGGAGCUCAGCGCGGCCGCCUCCCCGGGGUCAUCCUGAGGGAGAAGCGGCGGGGGACGAGAGGGUCAGCGGCCAGCCCGGCGCCACGAGCAGCCGGGGCCGCAGUGCGCGCUGAGGCGGGCGGCCCGGGCAGCGGCCCCUAGUUGGAGCGCACUCGGCCCGGGCUGACAGCCAGGCACCCGAGAGAAAAGGGACCGGAGGGGUGGAGGCUCCCGCGGAAAGCAGACUCGGGUCAGGCCCGGGGGUGUGCGGUCGCUGUUACCUCCGAGCUCUGGGCGCUGCGCGCGAUCCACCGCACGGCCUCGGCGACCGACACCUCCUCUCGCAGCAGCGACUCCAAAACGGCCGCCAUCCCGGUCGGGGCGCUUGAGGGCGAUUGCGCAGGCGCCGGCGCGCCACGGGCGGCCUCGGAGGGGCGGGGCCGGCUCGCGGAGCGACCGUUGGGCCGCGGCGCGAGGGGGCGGGGCGGGGGGCGGAGCCCGGGCUUCCCGGGGCUAAGGUUCCGCGCAGCCCUUGGGUCAAGGCCCCGGCUUGCUCCGCGGCUCCGCACCACAGGCCCGUGGCCCGCCAGGUACGGCCGCACCGCGGUCGGCGAGGCCCAGCUCCGGCUGCCCGGGUGCGCGGGGCGACCUGCGGGGACUGGAGGACGUGACUGGGGAAACCGAGGGCCCGGGAGAGCUGCUGGACGGUAAAGGUGAACAGUUGUUGGGAAAGACACCUGCCUUUUCUGCAAUAAGCACACCCUUUUCUUUCAAUCAAAAGUUUAAGCUUUUUUCUUUAAGAUUUUUUACUUAUUAGAGCACAGAGGGAGAGUGAGAGGGAGAAGCAGACUCCCCGCGGAGCAGGGAGCCCGGCUCUGGGCUGGAUCCCAGGACCCCGAGCUCAUGAGCUGAGCCGAAGGCAGACGCUUAACGACUGAGCCACCCGGGCGCCCAAGAGUUUAAGUUUUCUCUAUUCAACCGUCACCACCCUAAAGAAGUUAGGAUAAAACUAGCCUAACCUCUGACCUUGUCUUUCUCAAAGGCUGAGUCUUCUGUGCCCUGGCUCGUGGGCAUCCACUGGUUUUCCAGCAGCCACCAUCAAAUGAUCGACCAUUUAAGACCUAAGAAUUCUUGCAAGGACGAGUUUUAGAAUCUUCGGGCCGCAACCCUUAAAGUGCCUCAGGUGCCCACAGAAUCACCUGUCUGUAUCUUUACCUUGCACCAGGUUAUUAUUUCAACUGCUUUGCAGUUGAAAUGUUAAGAGGCACAUUCUCGAGUUACUUCUUAAUUUCUCUUAUUUGGAAGCACAUGAUAGGCAGCUCUUUGGAUGUUGCUUCUCACUGAGAGAUCAAGGAGGGGAAACCAGGCGGGGAAGACAGAUGGCCCUAACAUUCCAGGUCAAACCGCACGAGGUGGGGGGGAGCAGUGCCCAUGUGAGUGCCUCCCGAGACUUGCUCUGGUUCAGAGAAGGUCACAGGUGGACAGGAGAGGGUGGUGGGGAACAGGAAUGACUCUAGCGCUUCCUGCCGAGGAGAAAGUACCUUCAGCCAGAGAAUGAAGGACUUAAAGGGAGCUCUUAGCACUUGCCAGUUUUUUUUUUUUAAAGAUUUUAUUUAUUUGUCAGAGGGUGUGUGGGGGGGUCACACGCAGGGGGGAGCGGCAGGCAGAGCAGGCAGAGGGAGCUGAGCAAGGAGCCCGAUGUGGGACUCGAUUCCAGGACCCUGGGAUCAUGACCUGAGCCAAAGGCAGACGCUUAACCGACUGAGCCACCCAGGCAUCCCCAGUUUAGUUUUUUUUUAAAGAUUUUAUUUGAGAGAGAGAGAAUCUCAAGCAGACUCCACACUCAGCGGGGAGCGGGACACGGGGCUCGAUCCCAGGACCCUGAGAUCAUGACCUGAGGGGAAAGGAAGAGUCUGACCCUUAAUCUGCUUAAGCAACUGAGCCAUCUAGGCACCCCUUAGCACUUGCAGUUUUAUUACUUCACCUUCAGUUUUAUUACGUGGGGAACCAUCUCCUGGUAUCCCAGAACUCUGGCUUUUAUCUGCAGGGGUUCCGAACACCUAGCUUCUAUUUAGUCCAGUGCUGCUUUUUCUAGGUCACUUCUGGAUGUGGAACUGCAUUUUAUAGCAACAUCUUCUGUUCCCUGUUGAUUUUGUAACCUCUGGUGCAUUCAGUAACUUUAUUAAAUUAGAAAAAUAUUAUUUUCCCUUUUUGAAAGCAAACCAUCACACAAACAGAACUAGAGUGUGCAUGCGGAAUGAAUAUUUUAUUACUAGAUUAUAAAAAUAAAAUACAAAAUAAUUUUAAAACAGAACUUAAAACACUGUACAAAGCUUUAAUAUGAUACAAAUGGGAAAAUUAAAUAAAUAAUUACACUUUUAUGUACAGAUGGCCUAUACAAAAGCACUCCAUGUUUCUGCCAAUACUCUUAUGUCCUUGGUUGCCUGAGCAAAAAUGCAUAAAGAGGGCUGCUUGGAGGGAAAACGACAAUACAAUACCUUUGGAGGUAUUUCAAAGAGCAACUUCGUAUCACUCUGGUUUCAUGAAGAGGAGGAGAAAGGGAGAAAAACUGUGGGAUUACUAGUCUUCUAUCCUAACUUACUGGUUUUGCUCAACAAGAGACUUCUGGUUUGUGGUUCAAUCUAUUAUAACAGCUGCCAGUAGUUCAUAACUUUCAAGAAUUGUAUCUAAGUCAAAACUAGAUGUCUCCCCCUCUUUUUUCCUAAAAGCUGCAAACCGGUAAGUAAAUGACCCAGUGAAAUCAGCGCUGGCAAUUUUAGGAAUGGGAGUCAGGAGGGGGACGGGAACUGUGCAGGAGGGAGUGUGUGGGCUCAAGCAUGGGUCAUCUGAUCAGUUCUCUUCUUUGUUCAAUUCACUCAGUCCAAUUUCGGAGCCCCAAGUGGCAGAGUGUUGUGUUUCCUUCAUCUUCUUAACUGUAUUUCUGGAUGCUUUUUACCUUAGUGAACUAAUUUAUCUAUCUUGUGAAUCAUUUAAAAAGAAAAUAGUUUUGAAAAGUCCUAAGGGCUUUCCCCUCCCUGGGUUGCUCCCUAAGAUAAAUCACAUUUAAGCCCUGGUCACUUUUUGUAUCGUGGGUGAAUGACGAACAAAGCCCAGAUUCCAAAUACGGGGAAAUGCUGUGAAUGCAUUUGUUAAGGAUUUUACACUGUGUACUCUAAGGUGAGGAGAAAGAGUCAUAUGGCAAGGAUAGUGUAUAUUAAAAACUAGGGUUUACUCAAUGUUUUUAGCUGGGUGAGUGAACACUUCUGUACACAAUAUGAAACAGUAUUAAACUAACUGAAGAGAGAGGUAAAAUUCCUAUCAUUAGUGUGUAAAAUUAUCACGGGCUCAAAGAUCUGCCUCAUGGAAUCCUAUUCUCUAGGUCGAGGAACCCAGAACCACUGGCCCAGGGGUACCGAAGACACACGGCAGCAUCACUGGUGACACGUACUAUGCCCACACUGUCACUUCCAAUUUAACAGGCAGGCUCUGUUCAAGUUCCACAGGAUCAUGAAGGAAAAGGCUUCACCUCCUUUACAUGUCUCCUCAGACCAAAGAUCCAGCAAAGUGUAAGGAAA